CCUCAGCGAGCCAACUCCUAGCUCGGUCGCACAUUCUAGACCUUCGCUUCGGACAGUUUCAAAAAGACCACGAUCACGAUCGGUGACCAGAGAGACCUUAGUAUCUAGUGUGGAGUCCGGGAGUUUUUAACGUAAUUAUGCUAGUCUGAUUCGUCAUCGGUGUGACCGUCAUUGGGUGACUGUGAACAAUGCCUUCAAAGGCCGACGGUAGCGGUAGCAGCGGAACAACCCUCGGAACGGGUGUGCUGCUGGAGUGGAAAAACCUUUCCGUGAGUGUGCGAUCGAACAAGGCGGGCCAGCGGCAGUGGUACGGGAGGCCCGGUCAUCAGCAGCGGAAGGAAAUUGUGAUCCUUGAAAAUGCCAGUGGUGCAGUUCGCUCAGACAAUUUGGUAGCCAUCAUGGGACCAAGUGGUGCCGGCAAGACGACGCUGCUGGCGGCCAUUUCGAUGCGCAUAACGGGCUCUACGAACGUGCACGGGAAGGUGCUUAUCAAUGGGCUGUACGUGACCAGGACGCAGAUGAAACGGUUGACUGGCUUCGUGCCACAGUACGACAUCGCCCUGCCAUCGCUGACCGUUGGCGAGCAUCUGAGUUUUGCGUCGAAGCUGAAGAACGUGGGUUAUGUGGCGGUUUCGCGGAUCGUGAACGAGCUCGGACUGCAGGGCUGCUGGACGACCCGUAUCCAGCAUCUGUCCGGUGGUGAGCGCAAGAAGGUGAACCUGGCCGGCGAGCUACUGACCGAACCGGACAUUCUGUUCUGUGAUGAACCGACGACGGGACUGGACAGUUAUAAUGCCGCCUCAGUUAUGGCGACACUACAGGCGCUGUGCGUUAAUGGACGGCGAGCUGUCGUGUGUACAAUCCACGACCCACCAUCGCAAGUAUUCCAGUACUUUACGGAUGUGAUUCUGAUGCAGGAAGCCGGUACGAUACUGUACCAAGGCCCUACCGUUAGUAUGCGUGCCUUCUUUAACUCGAUUGGACGGACCCUACCGGAGAGAGGCAAUCCGGCUGACUUCUAUUUCCAGCUCGUUAGUCCCGGAUCGAAUGUGUUUUCAGGGCCGGAAGCGGAACAAGCGAUCCGACAGCAGCAAAUCAUCCAGAAGGCGCACCGGGAAAACAUUGCCCGUAAGUGUUUGAUGACGCGCUACCACCAGUCCAAAAUCAUACAGAAACUGGGCAACAACAGUCAUCGGGUGUGCUGGAUCCGCCAGCUACAGCUCCUGCUCCAUCGUACCACACUGCACAGUAUCCGGAACAUUGGCGUGUACCUGACCGUAACGGGUAUCUUCUUGUUCACCAGCAUCGUGAUAGCGGCCCUGUACUUCGAGGUACGUCCCAUCUCCCAGACCGCCAUCCAGGACAUCCGGGGAGCGCUCUUCCUGAUGAUCUGCGAGCUCCUCUACACGAUCAGCUACGGGGUAUUCUAUACGUUUCCGUCCGAGAUGCCGCUCGUGAGGCGCGAGGUGGGCGAAAAGACGUACAACCUUUCGGUGUACUAUGCCCACAAGGCACUUCUCAGUGUGCCGCGUGCGUUUCUCGAGUCGUUCCUCUUUAUUGGUGUGAUCUACGCGUUCGUUGGCUUUACCGGUGGCUUUGAGACGUACUGCUACAUGUCGCUGGUUGGUGGGGCUGCCAGUGUACUGGCCAUGGCUUACGGAUAUCUGCUAUCAUGUACGACCGGCACUAUGACCAUGGCGAUCGAGGCGAGUAAUAUCGUCUUCCUGUCCUUUAUGCUACUCGGCGGUCUAUACCUGAACUUGCGGUCCUUCCCGGUGCUCAAGUAUCUGUCGUUCUUCUUCUUCGCCAGCGAGGGCGUCUCGGUGUACUACUGGCUACCGGUACAGGACAUUCCGUGCGAUGUGUUGCGCCCUAGCGGAAACAUCACCGCGAUACCGGAGAGGGCGUGCCUGGAGAACGGUGUGGCCGUACUGCUGAAUGCCGGUUACGCCACCACGUACGAGGAGCUGCACCUAAAUUAUGCCAUCAUGGCAACGGAGAUUCUGGUCGUCCAUCUAGUGGCCUACGGGUUGCUGCGCAAUUUCGUCCGUAAAGCCGGUUUCUACUGACAACAACGCCAAAGAAUGCGCACACCAACCUCGUUGUCGUCGCUUUGUGAUCAUUGAUGUGCCAAUUGAAUUUACCGCAUAUUUUUCGCUUCGUGUUCUUUACCAACAUAUACCAUUCCCCCCGCUUACCAACAUAACGGGUCGAGUCUGUUAAACGAGAAAACCACUUACUUCAAUAGCCGUCUCGCGAAUGAAAGAAAACGGACUUCCGCACUUCCGGCCCGAAAUGGGUGCUUUCAAGCCGCAUCCAUUUCACGCACGCACAAACGCACGCGUUUCGCGCUUUUCCUAAAUGAAUGAUGAAAGCAUGUACUGUCGAGAAUUGAAACCAAAAAAAAAUACCCAGACACCCGCGCAGACCUUGCUGCGUACACUUACCUCGUUCGGGGUUUUUCUUGGAAUUUUAAAUAUGCAGUCGAUUCGAUACAACCUGCGACUUCAUCCCCCCACACACAAACACACAGAUAAACCGGAAAUUCGAAUGUUUUUGCUGGUUUUUUAUUACGAACGCACCACCUGUGUAGAGUUUAAGGUCCUAAAACUGCUAUCAGUUGCAAACACCGCGUUCAAAAAGAGAAGCGGGCGCGCCCAGCUGUAGCCCGGUUCUCGUGUGUUUAGUACCACAAAUUCAGUAUCCCAAGAAGCGAUUGAUUUUAAACUAGUAACGGAUCGUGGCCUGCUGUGGUGGCAACCGUUAAAACGAGGCCAUCCCUACUAGCAGACGGAUGAUUAGUUCGAUCACAAAACAAACACAACG